AUGUUGGCCCCCACAACCGUCGCCCCAGCGGGCGGAGAUGGCCUCCCACCCGGCACCACCAAGCUCAUCGACCAAGACGGCUCUAUCGUCGGCAAACACGCCUCCGGGUCCGAUGAAGCUGACAUUGUCCUCAUUCCUCGCGCAUCAGACGACCCAGAGGAUCCGCUCAACUGGACGAAGAAGCGAAAAUGGUUGGCGACAUCGUGUGUUCUUGUCUACACCAUCAUGAUCGCGAUUCCGAGUAGCGCGGUCUACUCUGUCGUGACGCCUAUCAGAACAGCAACUGGCUUGUCCUUGUCGGAUAUAAACAACGGGACAGGUAUCAUGUUUUUGUUCUAUGGCUGGGGUUGCUUGAUCUGGCAACCGUGCGCGCUGCAAUAUGGCAAACGGCCGGCAUACCUUGCGUCUCUCCUCGCCAAUAUCGCUAUUCUUGCCACUGCUCCGAUGUGCACGAAAAAGCACACGUACCUGGCCAAUCGAAUCCUGCUUGGGCUUUUCGGAGCGCCGGUUGAGUCGCUAUGCGAGAUAUCGAUCACCGAUAUUUGGUUCGCGCACCAGCGCCCAAAGUACCUUGCGCUCUACGGAUGGGGUCUAUCCAUGACAGGCAAGCUUGCUCCAAUGCUGUCAGGUUUCAUCAACGUUGGCAUGGGCUGGGAGUGGACUCUGGUGAGGAUCUCCGCAGGAGCAUAUUCCUGCCUAGAGAUAUUAUUACUGACGCAUCUCAAAACAUUCCAGUGGUGGUGCGCCAUCUUCAACGGUAUUGCAUUUGUCUAUUGCUUCCUUUUCAUGGAGGAGACCAAUUACGACAGACCUGCAAGGCCGGUGGGAGACAACACGGCAUUGAUGUCCGACAACGGGGCUACUGAUCAUCAGCAGGGCGGCGAUGAUGCGGACGAGAAGAUGUCCGAUAAAGCCGGCGACAGCAACUCCGCAAAUGAUGAUAAGGCAGUCGAUAGCGAGACCGGGCAGGUCUUUUUCCCCCGCAAGACAUACGUUCAAAAGCUUGGUAUCAAGGAUAAGUCUAGGCCCAAUCGCAUGUUGGACAUUGCGCUUGGCGGUCUCCGGGGAUUCACAUACCCUUCGGUUGUGUACGCAGGUUUGAUGUACGGUGCGAACAACUUGGUCUGGUCUGGUGUGCAAAACGCUACUGCUGGUACAGUCUACACCACAAUGUACGGCUUCUCGACAGCCGGUGUAGCUGCCGCAUACGCAGGUGGUCUGCUUGGCACUAUGGUCGGGGGCUACUACUGUGGCAAAGUUGGUCGACUCCUCACCAUCAAACUCGCCCGCCGCAACGGCGGCAUAUCAGAGUCUGAGCACUCUUUGUGGCUCUUCUCCGCGUCCAUGUUCCUGGUUCCGUUCAGCAUGCUUCUCUACGGGCUCGGCGUGACGUACCAUAUUCACUGGAUGGGUCUCGUAAUCUCCCAAUUCACCCUUGCCAUCAACAAUGCACUCGCCGUAUCAGGCUCCCUCGGCUACGCCAUUGCCUCGUACCCCCAGCUGAGCGGUGACAUGAUCACCACUUGCGUCAUCAUCCGCAACACAAUGUCUUUUGCAAUCAACUACGGCAUAACCCCCUGGUUGAAUCAAAUGGGUUACAGAGACACCUACAUCAUUGUUGCAGCAAUUGGCUUCGUGUGGAAUGCGAGCAUAUUCGUGGUGACAAAGUACGGUAGAAGCAUUAGGGAGAAGAGCGCAGCUCGAUAUUGGAAACAAGUUGCUCAGGCUCAUGCCAAAGGCUUAAGUCAUUAA